UGAUAGUCUCCAACACGCCUUGUGAGGAUAAGCAGAUGAGAAAAUGGAGGGCUGUUUUUCAAGUUGUUUUUAUUUCCGGCAUUCAUUUUCGAGGGGGAAGCAUCGCGCAACGUCUGAAGUUGAGAAGGGGGCGUGGCUGAAGCCGGAAGUUGUCCAGUCUGAAUUCGUCCCUCUCCGCCUCCCCCAACUAAAGAUAUUGGGCGCGUGUUGCUAUAAGUCCAACUUCACUGGCCAGCGCUGACAUGUUGCUUCGGCCGCCGUGAAAAGUUUUUCGAAAACGACCUCGCGACGUCUCCACUCGCUAUUUGUCCAAUUAUAAGUGGCUGGAGUGAGAAAAUGGUCAAAAAGAGAUUAAGCGACGGCUCUGUUUUCCAGCCUCUUUUUUGUAUGGUUUGAUUUGGGCGGGCUAUGCGCUGUCAGCAACGUUCUGUGAUCCUGUACGGCACCUUGCUGUUCCUCAUCUGGAACGCCGUGCUGGUUCUGUUCCUGCGGGCCAGACUUCCAGACCAAGGGACGAAGCGAGUGCCCAACAAUGACGAUAACACUGAUGUGGUGGGCGAAGUGCUGCACGUGGCCGACAUGUUGGAGAAGGAGCUGGAGAGUCAGAAGAAAAUCCUAAUGCAGAUCCAAAAACUCAAGCCUGGGCGGUGGGCCGGGCAGAAGAAGAAACUGAAGCCGAUGCUGCCCCCCGACCCCGUCAUUCCUGUCCUGGUGAUGGCCUGCAACCGGGUGACGGUGCGGCGCUGCCUUGACAAACUGAUCGAAUAUCGACCCUCGGCCGAGCUUUUCCCCAUCAUUGUGAGUCAGGACUGCGGCCACGCCGAGACGGCUGAUGUCAUCCGCUCAUAUGGAAGCACGGUUACUCAUCUGAUGCAGCUUGACUUGGCCGAUGUGGUGGUGCCGCCAGAGCACAAAAUGUUUCAGGGCUACUACAAGAUCUCCAGACAUUACCGCUGGGCUCUCAAUCAAGUCUUUCGCAGUCAUUCGGCCGUCAUCAUCGUGGAAGAUGACCUUGAGGUUGCACCAGACUUCUUCGAGUACUUCCGCGCCACUCUGCCACUGCUCCGAUCGGACCAGAGUCUGUGGUGCGUGUCGGCCUGGAAUGACAACGGCCGACAAGGCUUCGUGGACCCGUCGGGCUCUCGCCUACUCUACCGAACUGACUUUUUCCCGGGCUUGGGCUGGAUGCUGCUCCGCGAGCUCUGGGAGGAGCUGGAGCCCACGUGGCCCGCAGCUUUCUGGGAUGACUGGAUGCGCAAACCGGAGCAGCGGCGUGGCCGUGCUUGCAUCCGGCCCGAGAUCUCACGCACGCUGACAUUCGGCCGGCAGGGUGUGAGCCUGGGUCAGUUCUUCGACAAGUACCUCCAAUACAUUAAGCUCAACUCGGACUUUGUGCCUUUCACCCAACUGAAUUUGACCUACUUGAAGGAGGACGUGUACAAAAAGAGCUUCCAGAAGGAGGUUUAUGAUGCCCCUGCUGUCACUUUUGAGGACAUCCAAAAGGGAGCGCUGGAGGGUGGCGGGCCCUUCCGCCUGCAGUACUCCAGCAAGGACAGCUUCAAAGUAUUUGCCCAAAGUCUGGGCAUCAUGAACGAUUUCAAGUCUGGCGUGCCAAGGACCGGCUACAGAGGCGUGGUCACAGUCUUCUUGAAAGGACGCAGGAUCUACAUAGCUCCGCCUCCGGGAUGGACAGAGUACGAUCCCAGUUGAAACUGACUGCUGCCGCGACAUAACAUAAAGCACAACAAAUGAAAUAAGUGUUUGGCAUACAAGUAGUCCAAAGGUUUUUUUUUCCUCCUUGUUUUUGCAUGUUAGUUGAUGAGAGAGCAUUUUUAUUGAUGUUUCCAUUGACCAGUAUGAGCUGCCAUGGAUAAUUCAACAGAGAUACAUUAUUUGUAGUAAAUAAUUAAUUUUGGGGCCUACUAAGUGGAAUUUCCUGUGGAACACUGGUUUGGGAAUUACGGGUCUCAUAAUGGCUUCAUGCCAAUUCACUCAGGUAAUCUGUGAAUGAAAUGUUCCGAUUGCUCUGCUCAACUGCUGUAAUUCCACUGCUGAUCAUUUUUUAUAUAUAAUUUAAAAUGAUAAGAUGAUCUUUAUAACCUUUAUUUGUCCCACACUGGGGAAAUUUUACUGCUUUAAUGGUUUCGCUGUGACAAUCAAAUGUUGUGGAUGUUACCAGAAUAUUUCUGUGUUUGGGCAUUUUCUAAUGAAUGAAAACAAC